AUGACAGAUUCGUUAGUUGCAAGAAUGAUCAAGAAGGUGGAAGAGGAGGACCUUGUGUCUGGGACAUUCACCUGGAGAGUAGACAACUUUUCUCAGUUGAAAAAGUACCAGCAUUACUCUGAAGUUUUCGUCAUUGGUGGUUAUAAAUGGCGGAUGCUUAUAUAUGCAAGGGGAAACAACGUCGAUUGCUUGUCUGUGUAUUUGGAUGUUGCAGAGGCUUCAACAUUACCAUAUGGGUGGAACAGAUAUACAAAGUUCAAGCUCACCCUCGUUGAUCAAUUUGAUACCAACAAGUCAAUAACAAAGGACUUGGAACAUACGUUUACGGCAAGUACAGCUGACUGGGGCCUUACAUCAUUCAUUCCUCUAAGUGAGCUUCAUCGCCACGAUAAAGGGUACCUGGUGAAUGACGUAUGUGUUGUUGAAGUUGAAGUUUCAGUUCGUAACGGUAUUAAAAUUUUAGAAGACCAAGAAACUGGUGAGCUUAUGGAUUUCAGGGGUUUAGUGCGAAUAGGGAAAAAUUUUGUUCCAAUGUUGGAGGAAGUGUGUUCGUUGUAUCCUUCUUUGAUUGAGUGCCAGAUGAAGAGGAGUCGUACGUUUGUUCAAUGUGCAUUCACAGCUCUGGGCCGAGUCUUGCAUUUCCUGAAGACUACAAAAGCCAAGGAUAUGAACGCUGAUGCUUGUCAACGUCUUCAACUGUUAUGGGAGGAGCUUGAGGCCUUCAAAUUUGACUUGGCUUGGCUGGAGCCACAUGUUCAAUCUGUUUUUGGCAUGACGAAAAAGGUAGGAAUAGUGAAUAGACUGAAAGAAGAUGUCGAUGUUUUGGAUAACGAAUUAAAGACGCGACGGGCUAUCUUAGCGGACGCAGAAGCCGAGCUUGAGGUAGCAAAAAGAAAUUUGGCAGAGGCAGAAGAAGAGUACUUCAGCAACAUAGAUAUGGAUAGUGAGCUAGGUUAUCCGUUAGCUUAA